UGUCAUUGAUCGAACUCAGGAACUGCAGAGAGGAGGAAGAUGGGAUUGGUGGGAAUCGGAGAAGAGGAGAGGGCGGAUUCGCUGAAGGGUAUGAGAGAGUACAAGAGAAUGGGUUCCAAGGUCGAGGAUGAUGAUUUUGAGGACGAUCUGGUUCAUUACCAGCGUCAGUUGAAGAGGAGAAAAAGUACCAGAAUAUAUGUGUUUGCCUGUGCGGUCUUUGUUUCUCUCAACAGUCUCCUCCUAGGCUAUGAUGGAGGCGCCAUGAGUGGAGCAAUUAUAUUCAUCCAGGAAGAUCUCAGAAUAACUGAGGUUCAGAUAGAAGUCCUAGUUGGUUGUCUGAACAUAAUUUCGCUCUUCGGGAGCAUCGCUGGUGGCCGGACAUCGGACAUUAUCGGUAGGAAAUGGACGAUGGGGUUAGGUGCUGUCGUCUUCCAAGCGGGUGUGGCUGUUAUGACCUUUGCUGAUUCGUUUCGAGCACUCAUGAUAGGAAGACUGCUGGCUGGGGUUGGAAUGGGUUUUGGAGGAAUGAUAACUUCACUAUACAUUGCCGAAAUUUCACCGACAAUCAGUCGGGGCACGCUCACCUCUUUUCCGGAGAUCUUCGUGAAUCUAGGAAUCCUCCUUGGUUAUAUCUCGAACUAUGCAUUUGCAGGCCUUUCAGUGCACAUAAAUUGGAGGGUCAUGCUAGGAGUUGGGAUUUUGCCCUCAGUCUUCCUUGGUCUCGCACUCUUUGUAAUCCCUGAAUCACCAAGAUGGUUGGUCAUGCAGAACCGAGUCGACGAAGCAAGAUUGGUUCUUUUAAAGACCCACGAGGACGAGAGAGAGGCUGAAGAGAGGCUUGCAGGGAUACAAGUAGCUGCUGGAGCCGGUAAUAGUGCGAGCAAACAUGGAGAUAAAUCCGUGUGGCUUGAGCUGCUGUGCCCUUCUCCUCCUCUGAGGCGGAUGCUAAUCGCAGGUAUCGGUAUCCAGUGCUUCCAGCAGAUAACGGGCAUAGAUGCUGCCGUCGUUUACAGCCCGACAAUCUUCAAAAGUGCCGGAACGAAAGGUAAUUCAAAUCUUCUCGCGGCCACGGUUGCUGUUGGUGUUACAAAGACUUCUUUUAUACUGGUCGCUAUAUUUCUGAUUGACAAGAUCGGGAGGAAGCCGCUGCUUUAUGUUAGCACAAUCGGCAUGACUGUUUGCUUGCUCAGUGUUGCAGUGUCUCUCUCUUUGCUAAAGGAGGGAGUAGCAGGGGCAGCACCUUUGUUGGCUAUUCUUUCUGUUUGUAGUUAUGUAGCAUUCUUUUCCAUUGGAAUCGGCCCUAUCUGUUGGGUACUGUCCUCGGAAAUUUUCCCUUUGAGGUAUCGUGCUCAAGCAGCGGCACUCGGGGCAGCUGGUAAUCGGGUGUGCAGCGGGCUCAUCACCAUGUCCUUCCUCUCGGUUUCUCGAGCAAUCACAGUGGCCGGAACGUUUUUCGUUUUUGCUGCACUGUCAGCUGCUUCUGUUGCAUUUGUUUACUCCCAUGUCCCAGAAACGAGAGGGAAAUCGUUGGAGCAGAUCGAGUCGCUGUUUCAGAACCCACGUGAUCGGAAAGGAAGCCACGUCGAGAUGGAAGAUGUUGAGCAUCUUGUGCAGUAGUCACUUCAUUACCGACAUCUUCACGAUUCCUUGAUUUACAUUGCAGAUAUGCAUUCAUUGUAAAAGGUCAGGCCCAUCAUUUAGUAGAGAAAACAUGAUGUUGUCAACCUCCCAAGCAAGAGAAAACAGGACCUAUCAAGUUAGUCUUUGGGAAAACUGACUGUCAGUCUCCUCUAAAAUGACUGCUUCAUCCCGACAAAUCGGAUGAAUUUUAGUACAUUGGAUGAAAUAAGACAUGUAGCUUGUGUUAUAAGACACCUUCUGAGGAUUUUCCCUUUUUUCAUGCUGAAAAUUCGCCGACAGAAUAUCAACAAUCAACAGAAUCCUGCCUCCAGGAAAUUCGUAUCCAUAUUUACUAGGUAUCGCAGUUCCUCCACAAGUCACGACAUGGCGCGUCUUCAAGAACGAUAUUGCAAUACUAUCGAAUGGCUCUUCAUAUAUCAUGUCACAUUAAUCAUCUUGUAACCAUUCUUAACUUUAGCAGGAAGACGAAUAUG